UUUUGUUUUGGUUGGCACGACUGUGGCAAAUUUGUUAAUAGUUUAAUUAUUUCUAUUUACAAUUUACACAAUUUAAAUAAGAAAUUUUAUAUCAAAAAUGUCUCAACAAGACGAUUUAGAAUUAGGAGACAUUAAAGAAGAGGUACCAUCCUCCAAACAAUUCGACGACAUAGUCACAUCGACAAUAGAACAAUUCGAAGUCUUAGACGUCCUGGAUCCUGAAACCACCAUGCUAAUUCAAGCCAACCAACCGAUGCUACCAAACAUAAUCUACCAAAUAGUUUGUCCAGAACCAUUGGUUCUUGCACCUAACAUUGAAUCAGCCAAAAAACGCGGACGUCCCAGAAAAUCCGAAAUCAAAGCCAAACCUAUUCCAGAACCACCGGAACCACCUCAAAAACCCAAAAUAAUGUCCAAAACACGCUCUGGACGUGAAGUAAAGUUACCUAGGCAUAUACAAAACGAUUUUGAGUCAGUGGAAAUUGAUAAUAAUGUACCAAAAAUUGAUAUAAAAAAAGAAAAUGAAGUCCCUAUUGCUGCUCCGGUUCAUGUAGAGCUGCAACAAAAAAAACGCAAAAUCGCCUCCCAAUACAGGUGCCCCAAAUGCCAGAAGGCCUACUUGGGCAAAAACAAGAUGCUCAAACACCUACAAAAAUACCCAUCUCACGGCCCAGUGACCCAAAAACAACAAAACGACUUUGAAGUUUGGAACCAUUUAGUUUCGGUAACCCAAAAAUGUCCUUCAUCAGAACGAGGCAGCAAAUUUUGUCAAGAAUUAUCAAAUCUUUUACAUAAUUUACUAUUUCUGACAAAUGCCUUAUUUAAAAAAGUUGGCAACAAUAAUGAAGUGGAAAUCGACAAGGUUUUAGGCAAUGCUGUUGGACUAAGUCCAGGGUCUUAUUAUUUUGACGAUAGUCGUUUGUGCAAAGACGUUGCGGUGUUGCAACUGAUGGAAAAUAGUGAGUUUUUGACCAAAAAAUCUGAAAAAGUUGAUAAAUCAAAGCCUGUACAAGUGGAGUUUGCUGAUUAUGAAAUGAAAAAUGAUUUCUCGUUGAAUAAUUACAUUGAUGAGCCACCGCCUCAAUCAAAAAUUGAUAUUUUGAUUAAUCCUGUGGAUGAGCUUAUGCUUCCUGUGAGCCCUGCUGGGCAUCAUAUUAUGGAUAAUUCUAGUAGCUCGGAUGAAGUUUUGAAUGUGGAUCAAUUUGUAAAUGAAAGGUUUAGGAAGAUAACUGAAAAUAAUUUAGAGGAGACAAGUUUGUUAUCAGAGUUACCACCUUUGGAGUUGUUUCAGUUUCAUAAUACUUGACUUUUGAUCUGGGAACUUGUAUUUUCUGGCACUUUCUCGAAUAAUGUUAUUUAUUAUUGAAAUUAAAAAAAGCUUCCUAUAGUUAUGCCUUUAGAAAGUACAAGUUUAAGUAUUAAGUAAAUAUUUAUUUGUUUGUUACAUAAUGUGUAGGUACCUAGUAAUUUUCAUUUGUGAUUAAAUUUUAUUAAACAUUAAAAAAUUCUUAUACUAA